UACCAAGAGCCUUCUCGGCGCCGGAUAUCAGUGUGUGUCAAGCGCUAUCCGAGUGUGAACAUGGAUGCACUAUGAGGAUGCAUCAUUGCCUCUCAAAUUGUAGUCAAAACUCUGUAAGAAAAUGACGAUCAAAUUCUGUUUGUUCUUUUUGAUCGCUUUGCUAUCUGCCAUCAAUUGGGGAAAUGCUCGAGGAAAUAUCAGCAUGGCUCCGGCUAAUCCACUGUACUGGUUGGACAGUUACAUCAAAAUCACUUGCAGAACCUCGUCCAACAUUAAAGUGAAGGAAUGCAGUUGGUUUAUCAACGAUAACAAAAUUGACAGUGGACAAGUCUACCAGUUUUCCGUCGACGAAAAACUAAGAGAAUGUGCCAUUAUCGUAAAAUUAGCUGCUACCGCCAAGAACGGCAAAUGGAGAUGUCUACUUCAUUUGUCAUCGACUAGCCACAACAUGUCGGAAAUAAGCGCAUCGACUCACGUAAACAUUCUCGAUCUGAGUUUACGCGAAUUCGUCAUCAUCAUAUGCGGAAUACCCAUUUUUCUGGCAAUGAUGAUAACCAUCGUGGGACUCGUCGUGAAAAAUAGGCGAUCCGUAACUUUCAUGGAGCAUCAUCAGAGUUAUUUCGUUGCGUCGGCACCAGUCAUUUUGCUGGAGGAUGGCUUUAAUAGCCCCGGUAGUACGCCGCCCCCGCCAUCCUACGACACGGUAGUUAGCGCUAGGUAACUAUAUAUACGAAUACUUGCUGACGAGUUCGCUCGACUAGAGUUUUCCGGGAUUCCUAACGACGCGGAAGAUCACACGUCUCUUCGCAACGGUGACGAAUCAGGAAACAAUGAACAAAUGUUCAAAACUAGAUCAGCGCCUAAUUUGAUUGUUACAUAGAGAGGCAAUGUAAACGGGAAAAUAUAUCGAUCUCUCAUCACUACCCGAUCCUACCGUUUGGUGAAAUAUUUAUCGGAUUUUAAAUUUUCAUUGGAAGCUAUUAACCGUUCCUAACUUUUCUAUUAAAAUGUACAUAGUGCACUUUACUUACGUUGCGUUCUGAAUCAAUGCUCUUGUAAAAUGCAGGACAAUAAAUUUCUAAGAAGUUAACUGACUACGAAAUUUUCUAAAUUUUCGCUCUCUAUUCAGUGCUGUAACCUGGUGGUCUGAAAUGAUAACUAACAAGUAAAUAAACAAAAAUGUCAUGUCGAUCAAACGAAAUGUACUGACUGUGAUAUGAAGAAGCCCUCUGAUUUGGAAUCCAGGAUUAAUGAAAUCCUUGAUAGGAAUAUUAGAAUAAUCCAGUAUUCGGUGUAUGCCGUGGGUCUAAUUGGUUUGGCAGUUGUCGCCAAAAGUACCCAUAUAUUCAGUAAGUUCACUCCUUCUAAAACUGUUCCUAGAGAGUUUGUCACAAGAGCCGUGAAGUUACAAGGAAAAGUGAAAGGAAUUGAAUUCCUACCUGUCGUACAUCAACAAGAACAGCAGCCACUUUAUGCCGUCAGAUUACAUAUUGAGCACAUUCCUAUUGUAAACCUAUGGACACGACCAAAACAAGCUGACAAGCUUUUAGAGAAAUCUGCCAGCAGUUUGUUGAAAAUUGAAUUGGUUGGAGUGAAUCUAACAACUCUUGAUGGAGCAAACAGGUGGAUCAAAUCACCCCUCGAGUCAAAUCCAGUAAUUUGGUUUAGACUUUAUGGUGUGAAUUCCAACACAAAUCUCUUUUACGCUUCAGUUCUCUUACAUAGGCCUUGGUGGAAAUUCUGGAGGCAAAGGGACCUAUCCUCAAUUGUUCUCAAACACAAUGAAGGAGUAGUGGCUUCUUACUUACCUAGUCAACAAGUCUACUACAACAAUAAAUAUCCGGCAUAUUACAGGAAGUUGCUGUACUGUGCAAUCAAGAACAAAAAUUAUAAUUGAGAACUGAAAAAUACAGCAGUGUAUCGUGUUAUCACCACAAAAUAUUCAUCUGAGAUUUCUAAGUGGAUGAAUAAUAAAACUAUUUGACACGA